CUAAGCUCAGCUCAGCUCCCAAGACCCCGACCAGCUCAGCUCAGCCCAGCCUAGCCUGAACUUCCUCUUGAGUCUGGAGCUUCGUUCUCUCUCUGCUCUUCCUCGCCUUCCCUUCAGUUCACAGACUAUCUCCCUCCUUCCUCCUCUUCAGUUCAGCUUCGUUCUCGUGAGUCAGUGGGAUACAUACAGCUUUGCUGCGUUAAUCUCUACUCUACUGAUAUCAGUCGGAAAGGUAAAGAGAGAAAGAUACUUACUGUUAUUGGGAAGGAGUGGGGCAGUUGACUUGGAAACGAAACGAAAUGUUCUGUUCGGGUCGAAUUCUGGCGGUGUCGUACCCGACGAAACCGCUCUCGUGUACCUGCCGAUCCCCCCAUUCCUUCUCCGGCGCCGGAUUCCGCCAUGGCAGGCCUAAGCCUCCUCCUGCUUACUUCAGUGCCAAGUGGCGAUUGAUGGCUUCGGAGCCCGACUCUUCCUCCUCGUCUUUCGCUGCUUCUGUUGAUUCCGAUUCUCCCGAUAUCAACAACGCUUCUUCUUCUGCUGCUGCUGCUGCUGCUGGGUUUUGCAUCAUAGAAGGACCUGAAACAGUUCAAGACUUUGUUGAGAUGGAACUCCAAGAAAUUCAGGAUAAUAUCCGCAGCCGUCGCAACAAAAUCUUCCUUCACAUGGAGGAGGUCCGAAGGUUGAGGAUACAGCAGAGGAUCAAGAGUGCCGAGAUGGGCAUUUUAAAAGAAGAGCAGGAAAAUGAACUUCCUAACUUCCCAUCCUUCAUCCCUUUUCUGCCUCCUCUGAGCUCAGCAAAUCUCAGGAUUUACUACGCCACUUGUUUCUCUCUCAUUGCCGGGAUUAUAAUCUUCGGCGGCCUUCUAGCACCCACACUGGAACUUAAGCUAGGGCUGGGGGGUACAUCAUACGAAGAUUUCAUUCGGAGUAUGCAUCUGCCAAUGCAGUUGAGUCAGGUUGAUCCCAUAGUGGCAUCAUUUUCUGGAGGUGCAGUCGGGGUAAUCUCAUCCUUGAUGGUUGUUGAAAUAAACAAUGUGAAGCAGCAGGAGCACAAAAGAUGCAAAUACUGUCUUGGAACAGGAUAUCUUGCUUGUGCACGCUGUGCAAACACAGGAACGCUCGUACUCAUUGAGCCAGUCUCCACAUUGAACGGUGGAGAUAAGCCUCUCUCACCUCCUAAAACUGAAAGAUGUGCAAACUGUUCCGGAUCUGGAAAGGUAAUGUGCCCGACAUGCCUUUGCACAGGAAUGGCCAUGGCCAGUGAACAUGACCCGAGAAUUGAUCCAUUCGAUUAAGGUUGCCCCAUCACUUGCUUACUGUGUUGCAUAGGGAAAGUUGUGUAUAGAAUCCACGUAUAGCAGGACAUGCAGUUUUAUAACUACCUAACUUUUGAAAUAAUGAUCAGGCAGAUACAUUACUUCUAUUCCUAUACUGUAAAUCCUAACUUUCAGCUAUCACAAUAACAACACUAAAGAUAGAUAAAUCCUC